AAAAGCCAAUAAACCCAGAGUGCGGGAGCCGAACCGAUGCAAACCCAUCCACUGACAUCCCGCUCGCGCGAUUAGCCCCAAAAUUUCAGAGUGCAACGCUACCAGGGUCGGGUGGGAUGGCAUCUGGUGGCAUCGCCCGCGGCCGACUGGCGGAGGAGCGCAAAUCGUGGCGCAAGAGCCACCCCCAUGGGUUCGUGGCGAAGCCGGAGACGCUGCCGGAUGGGUCCGUGAACCUCAUGGUGUGGAAGUGCGUCAUUCCCGGCAAAGAGGGCACCGACUGGGACGGUGGAUAUUUCCCCUUGACUCUGCAUUUUCCUGAAGAUUACCCAAGUAGCCCUCCCAUCUGCAAGUUUCCAGCAGGAUUCUUUCACGUCAAUGUCUACCCUACCGGAGCAGUGUGCCUAUCAAUACUUAGCAGUGCGUGGAAGGCUUCCAUCACGGUGAGGCAAAUUCUCAUAGGCAUUCAGGACCUUCUUGAUAACCCUAACCCAGCCUCUGCUGCACAAGAUAUAUGCUAUCGGCUGUACAAGAAGGUGUUCAUGAUAUGCCGAAGUACAAGGAUCAUGUUCGUCAGCAGGCGAAGCGCUAUCCUUCAGUUGUGUAGCCAGGGGCUUACUGCGUGAAAGAUUCAAGCAGAUAACCAUUACUCAUUUUGGUGGAAUCUGUCGCAAUUGUGCUUACUAUUCACCGUAGGGGUAAAGUUAAUGUCCGGUGAUCCUGAUAAAACGCACUUUGAGCACAUCCUAUGCACCUGUUAUUAUGACUUAUGUUAAACAUUAGAGGAACAUUUGUUCUGCUGUCCCUUGACUGUUUCACGAAAAGUGAAAGGGAUCACCAUAUUUCAGUCAGAACAGAGAUCCAGCCCAAACUGGUGAAAGAGAGAGGCCUGAGUGCCUGAGUGGGCCUGGUGGUGCUUCCAAUUAUCAAACUCA